GGGUGAUGGCCGUGAUGGGUGACAUGGACAUGACAGUUCGUUUUCGUUGGUGAUUGUUCGCCUUCGCCUACAAACUGUAGUGAAAUAAAAACAAAAUGCACAAUUUAUUUAUUAAAGAAAAUAAUUAUAUUUGGACUAAAUAAGUAUAUGACCUGCCAUAAGAAAUGGAGGAAGUCGAUAAAAUAAUUCUAGACUCGUUAAAAAACCUCGACUGUGAUAUUGACCCCGAAAUUGAACAUUUAAAGCAAUUCGAUGCUGAUUUAGUUGCGUAUGCGGUUGCUUCCUGUUUAGAAGCAAUUUUACAGAAUGGUACCUUGCCUAAGAAGUUGCCCCCCUCGAUGAGUGCUAGAUUGAAAUUCGCCUCGAAUUUAGCAGAGCAGAUCAAAGAUCUGGGAUUCCGAGGAGAUAUGGGCUACCAAACCAUCUUAUAUUGCAAUGAGGAGGAGGUCAGAAGGAUGUUAAUGUUUUUGAUCGAAAGAUUGCCUAAAGAAACUGCGAAAAACAUUCCAAUUGAGCAAGCAGGCUAUGUUCCUAGGAUAGUUAAAUCUUUGGAAGAAAAUAUUAAAUUAAGCUUGUCCAAACCGUGGUUGCCUAGUUGUUUUUUGAGGCAAGGAGCUAGAGAGACUUCCAAUAGAUAUUUAAUUCACAGUAUGAGUAGUAGUUGUCCCUUAAGAACUCAAAAACUUGAUAUUCCUUCAUCUAAAACUCAAAAUGAAGAUUUGAAGGACUACUGGAUCCAUCUCACACCCGACGUAACGAAGCAAUGCUCCCCAAGAAAACUGAUUCCUUCCUUACUAUUCCAAGACAAUGACAUUUCUGAUGACAUCGACUUGAAAAAGGUCAUUAAAAAAUCUGAAGCCGUUUCUCUUGACAAUCUGAAAUCAGAAGUUAGCAGUUUAUCUCUGAUAUCCGAUAAACUCACUCCCACUUCUACAGAAAAGGAAAUUGCCCUUUCAGAAAAUGACGUUAAUGCGGAAACAUCGGAACAAUAUUUGAUUGAAAAGUUAUCGAAAGAAGUCGAAAGCAUGAAAAGUGAGUAUGUGGAGCUGCAGGAAGAUGUUAAGAAUGCAGAAUUAAAAUUAGUUGAGAUAGUUAGAGUAACAAAUGAAAAACAAGACCACCUGAAAGAAACUCUCGCAAAAGUGAAAUUAAAAUCAAAAACAGCAACGGUUCUUAGCAAAGAAGAAAACCUAGCGAAAUUAAAUAAUAUGAUAAAAAACUCCAACGACCGUCUGGUAGAAUUAGCCAAACAAUGGGAGGAGAUUCAGCGGCCGUUGCUGGAAGAAUACAGAUCUUUGAAGAAUAACCUGACGAGCGAAGAAUCGAAAUUUCAGGAGCAGAAAGAAAAACUGGAUGGUUUAAAAGAUGUAGAUGUCAAGCUUCACGAGGAUUUAAGAGAGAAGAAAAUGUUGAGUCAGAAUUUAUUACAGCAGUAUCAGCAACUAAAUCGUUCUAACAAUAGGGCAAUGUAUACCAGCAGGAUUUUGGAAAUCAUCGGCAAUAUAAAUAAACAAAACAACGAUAUUUGGAAGGUAUUAAAAGAUACAAGACAAAUACAGAAGGAGAUUAAAAACUUGACAGGUCAAGUUGAUAGGUCGUUCACAUUAGCCGAUGAAUUAAUUUUUUACGACGCCAAACACGACGAAACAGCUCGACGUUCCUAUAAGUUGUUGGCGGCCCUUAGAGACGAAUUCGGCAGCAUUUUAAAAACUCUGGAAGAUCUGGGAGUGGUCGAACGAGAGUGCCGGAAUCUAGAAGAGCAAAUAGAAAGCGAAAAAGUUAAAGAAAUCGCUAUAAAACUCGAUCGAGUUUACUCGGAUAUUAAACAGAUACAGAAAGAAACGCAAAUGCUCAAAGAGCAGGCGCAAAGCUAGUCUUAUUUCGUUAAUUUUAGUAUUUAAUAUAUUUAUUAAUGCAGAGAAACAGACAUGAGAAAUUUUGUAUAAUAAGUAUUUUUAAUACUCUAAAAGGGAAGUUCCCUAGGUUGGCUGUAUACCAUAUAGUUAAAAAACUCUAACAAGAAGUAAAACCACUUCUAUGUAAAUUGGUAUAUUUAUUAAAACUUAAAAAUCCCAAUGGAUUGAAUAAAAUAUGUCCAAUUCAGAACGUUUUCAGACCUAUCGGUUUACUUUAUAGUCAAAGUUGGCCUAAGAUGGUUGAUUGAGGUUUUGGUAGGGUUUCACCAUGUCCCCAUAGGUAAUAUCCUGUAACAUCGGCGUUUAGCCUGUUGAAUAUUAUUUUUAAAUAAUGUAAAUUGAAUUUUAAAUUCAACCAUUGUUUGGUUCUGGGGCUAUUUAGCAAGUAUGCACAUUCACUGAUGAUGGACCGAUAGGUCUGAAAACGUUCUGAAUUGGACAUAUUUUAUUCAAUCCAUUGGGAUUUUUAAGUUUUAAUAAAUAUACCAAUUUACAUAGAAGUGGUUUUACUUCUUGUUAGAGUUUUUUAUUUUUAAUACGUUUGGGACUAUUUGGGAGCAUGGAAGAGUAUUUCAUUCAUUAACAAUUUUUGUGCCUUCAGCAACUCUGAGAACAACUUUCAAGUUUGUUUAUUUUGUCUUACAAAAAACAAAUGAUUGUGUAAACAAAUUUAUUUCAAUUAUUUACUUUUGCAAAAAAAGUGCCAAUAAGUUAACAAAACAGUAAUUUCUUCUUUAGCAGUGCCAUCUAUAGGCGAGAUCGUGAACUUUGUACUUUAUUAUUGUACAGAUAAAAAUAUUUUAGACAAUCUGAUUAUUACUGAAAAUUAUAGCAAUAAUAUACGGGUAUUUUAGAAGUUAGUAGAAGAGGAAAUAAAGAACAUAACUGGAAAAAAGUCUUCCAUGGGUUGUGAAGAGGUCUGUAAUUAUGAAUAGAAAGUUUUUACAUAAUAUCAGAAUAUACAGGGUGUUUGGCAAAGAAUGGGCCAUAGCUUAACCUUAGAUUGCUAAGGUUAAAAUAGGUCGAUUUAAGCUAACUUACCUUAGUACAAAAGUUGAUAAUAACCGAAAUACAGGGUGUCAAAGUUAAAAGUUUUAUUUUAUUUAUUUUUGAAUAUUUCCUGACAGGCAUGGGACAACAACACGAAAUUUGGUAAGUGGUGCUGGUAUUGUACAAUCUACUAAAUUAUGUCAAACAAACGUUUCUGGCUACUACCAGAGGCGUACGACGGGGGGACAUGAAUGGUUGACCCUUCCCAAAUUGUCACUGGCGGAAUUGCUAUUUUAGUUCAAUUUUUUGAUUCUCCAAUACUUUCUAUGUAAAAAACAUACUCUUCAUUCCUAACGAUAAAGCCAUUAGUUUUCGAGAUGUUUGAAGCUAAAAACGAAGGAGCAUAAUACAUUAAUCAAAAUAAGUGUGCGUUUUUAUUUUUUCCCUUAUGUUUCAUUUUCCCUUAUGUUUUUAUUUUUAAAACUUCAAAUAUCUCGAAAACUAAUGAAUUUAUCGUUACGAAUGAAGAGUAUAUUAUUUGCAUAGAAAGUAUUGGAGAAUCUAAAAAUUAUGCUAAAAUAGCAGUUUUAUCAGUGGCGUAGAAUUUGGCAAGGGUCACCCAUUCACUUUCCCCUGUCGUACGCCUCUGGUAGUAGCCAGAAACGAUUAUUUAACAUAAUUUAGCAGGGUGUACAGUGCCUACACUUUUUGGCAAGUAUCACACGGAUAAUAUGUCAAAUUAUUUUAAUGUAUUCUUUUUUUUAAUAAAUUAUUCUUUAUGUAAAACUUUAAGAACUAUGUGUGCCCGGUACUAUAAAACUAUUUGACAUAUCCUUAUUGUACUUGGCAGAAACUGUAGGUACUGUACACCCUACUAAAUUAUGUUAAAUAAUCGUUUAUGGUUAAUACCAGAGGUGUACGACAGGGGAAAGUGAAUGGUUGACCCUUCCCAAAUUCUACGCCACUGAUGAAACUGCUAUUUUAGCAUAAUUUUUAUAUUCUCCAAUACUUUCUAUGCAAAUAAUAUACUCUUCAUUCCUAACGAUAAAGUCAUUAGUUUUCGAGAUAUUUGAAGUUAAAAAUGAAAAGGCACACUUAUUUUGAUUAAUGUAUUGUGCUCCUUCGUUUUUAGCUUCAAAUAUCUCGAAAACUAAUGGAUGGCUUUAUCGUUAGGAAUGAAGAGUAUGUUUUUUACAUAGAAAGUAUUGGAGAAUCAAAGAAUUGCAGUAAAAUAGCAAUUCCGCCAGUGACGUAGAAUUUGCGAAGAGUCAACCAUUCAUGUUCCCCCGUCGUAUGCCUCUGGUAGUAGCCAGAAACGUUUGUUUAACAUAACUUAGUAGGGUGGACAGUACCAGCACCACUUACUAAAUUUCGUGUUGUUGUCCCAUGCCUGUCAGGAAAUAUUAAAAAAUAAAUAAAAUAAAAGUUUAACUUUGACACACUGUAUUUCGGUUAUUAUCAACUUUCGUACUAAGGUAAGUCAGCUUAGAUCGACCUAUUUUAAAUUCAGGAAUCUGAGGUUAAGCUAUGGCCCAUUCUUUACCAAACACCCUGUAUAUUCGCAAAAAUAUAUGUUUUUAAGUGGCGAUUUUAACAAAAACGUUGUUUUGCGUUUUUUCUACUUGUAUUAAAAAUGUAACUAAUGUACUAUGUGAAUGUAAGAAAAAGGUAAUCUGAUGAUUUUACUUCAUCCCAGAUGAGUCAUCUCAAAACCGAGAGUGAUGAAAUUAAGGAGGGACCAAUCCAUCUAAAAAUAUUUAAUGAUGCCUGAGAAUUUCCUAAUGUUCAAUACUCCAUUUGCUUUGCACCCUCAGUAGUUUUGAGUUUUUGAGUAUGUGAUAGUUUUGAGUUGAUCUCUUCAAAGCCAUACACUGGCUUAUAAUUUGGUUUUCAAUACUUUUUCAAAAAUAUACAGGGUGUUAGUAAAUAAGUAUGAAAAACUUUAAGGGGUAAUUCUACAUAAAAAAAUAAUGACAGUUUGCUCUGUAAAUAUCUGUCCGCAAAUGAUUCGUUUCCAAGGUACGGGGUGUUGAAAUUUUUAUUUCAAACUGCCAGUUUAUUUAUUGCUCUAAGACUGGUUGAGCUAUGCAAAUUACAUUUGGUGGGUUUUAAGAGGUAGUUAUUGCGCAUUUUUCGACAUACAGUUAAGAAUUUUGUAUUCAUCAUUGGCGCACAUACGGGUAAUAGUCUGAAUUAAAAAAAAUAGUACGCCACUGAGAUAUGACGUUUAAUUUUUGAUAAAAAAUCUUUCUUGCCUUUUUUCAUACGGUGCACCGUUUUUAUGCAGAAAAAUAAAACAUCUUUACGCGUAUUUUUCUUUUCUUAAUACAUUAUCAAGAACUAUCCAAUAUAAUAAUAGUAUACUAAUAAUAGUAUAAUAGUAUACUAAUAUUGUUCUGAAGCUAUUUUCUUGUGGCAUUUUUACAAUUUUAACUAUUUAGAAUGGGAAAUAAGCCACAAUAUUAUUAAAAAAUGAUUUUUAUUAAUAUUAAAUAAUAUUUAUUAAUUUAUUAAUAUUAAUAAAUAUAAUAUUAAUAAUAUUUAUUAAUAUUAUAUUUAUUAAUAUUCUAUUAAAAGUAUACUAAUAGUAUAUUUCUUAGAACAAUAACAGAAAAUAUUACUAAUAAGAUUUUAACUAGGUGCAAAGCUGCAUGAAAUAUUUAAAAUGAUCUCCUUUACAGGUAACAGAAGAAUCUUAUAUUCAUCAUUGGCGCGCGUACGGGUAUUGGUCUGAAUUUUUUAAAGAAAAAAAUAGUACGCCUCUGAGACAUGUCAGACUAAAAAUCUUUUUGAAUUCCUCGUUAAAUUUACGACAAAAAAUCUUUCUUGUCUUUUUUUUUCAUACGAGGCGCCGUUUUUAUACAAAAAAAAUAAAACAUCUUAACGCUUACAAAGUAUCUGAGGUAGUUUCCAUAUGCAUAGAAACUUAGUUCAAAUACUUUCUAAACGUUAAUAUGUUUUAUUUUUUUGCAUAAAAACGGCGCUGCAUAUGAAAAAAAGGCAAGAAAGAUUUUUUGUCGUAAAUUGAACCAGAAAUUCAAAAAUGAUUUUUAAUUUGACAGAUCUCAGUGGCGUACCAUUUUUUUGAAUGAAUAUAAAAUUCUUCUGUAACCUCUAGAGAUUUUUAACAUUUGUUGUAGCUCAACACCUAGUUAAAAUCUUAUUAGUAAUAUUUUCUGUUAUUGUUCCAGUUUAGUAUUAUUAUAUUGGAUAUUUCUUGAUAAUGUAUUAAAAAAUGAAAAAUACGCGUCAAGUGUUUUAUUUUUCUGCAUAAAAACGGUGCACCAUAUGAAAAAAGGCAAGAAAGGUGUUUUAUCAUAAAUUAGACGUGGAAUUUAAAAAUAAUUUUUAAUUCGAAAUAUCUCAGUGGCGUACUAUUUUUUUAUUUAAAAAAUUCUUAAUUGUAUGUCAAAAAGUACGCAAUAACUACCUCCUAAAACUCACCAAAUUUCAUUUUUAUAGCUUAACCAGUCUUAGAGCAAUAAAUAAAUUGGCAGUUUGAAAUAAAAAUUUCAACACCCCAUAUCUCGGAAACGAAGCAUUUGCGAACAUACGUUUAUGGAAUAAACCGGCAUUAUUUUUUCAUGUAGAAUUAGCCUUUAAAGUUUUUCAUACAUUUACUACCUGUAUAGACGUGGAACAUACUGUGGCAUACACAGAAAAUGUACUUUCUAAUAUGUGUAAAGAACAUUAAAAUCUUAUUUUACAGAAAUACUUAUUUCAUGAGUUUAAAAACUACAAAGUUUAGCUUGUCUGUUUCGAUGAUACCUUUGAUUUUCCCAGUUUUAAUGAAAAGAAAAGUGUAUAUUGUGUAUUCAUGUACUCAAAAAAUCGCCGGUUUUUGUAAGCGCUCACAUAUUUUAUAUAGGAGAUUAUCGUGUACAUUAUAUCAAUGUAAGUCUGAUAACAUUAAAAUAUUUAUACAAAAAUGCAUAUUUUGUAAUAUUGAACAUAUUAGCUUUAAUAAAACUAAGUUUGUUACUGUU